CUCCAGUCCAAGUUUAGUUUAGUAUAGUUAAGUUAGUGUAUCGGAGAACAAGACUCGGUAUCCUGAAACCAAGGGUGCUCCGACCGAAAAUAUGUUUAUGAAAAAACGUCGGCACGCCGAGCUGAUGGCUCUGCUGAAGAAUGGUCCUCCUACUCCUCCUACCAGUGAGUCAGGAGGAGACUCUGAUCAAGAAGAAUCUAAAACAAUGACAAGAAGAGGUUCCGUGCAGACAGAGUAUUCAGAUUCUGAUGAUAUUUUCCCUUUUAUUGCAAAGAAAGAAACUUUACUAGCAAAGAUGUUAGUUGAUUUCCACAAUUAUGGUUCUCCUUCUAACAGCUGGGGCUCUGAAACCUCUUCCGCUGGGUCCCUUGACGAUGAUCAUCAUAACAGCUCAGAGGAAUGCGACAUGUCUCUUUAUAGCCAAGAGGAAAGUGACAUGCUACCUUACAGUCAAGAAGAAAGUGACAUGCUUGUCUAUAGCCCAAAGGAGAGUAACAUGCGCAAAAUAACCCCCGAAGAAAGUGAUAUUAUGUCCACAGAAAGUAAUGCCAAUGAUCAUGAUCAUAAAAACUAUGAUCAGUCUAGUAUAGCUACAAAAUCAAAUGUAGGUCCUCUGAGAGUUUCAGUAAUAACUCAUACAAGUAAUGAGAGUCACAAGCAGUAUAGGAACCCUACUGAAGAUGAUCUUAAUCCUGAGUACCAUGAAAAUCUUCAGAACACUGACAGCGUAGGAAUGGUUAAACUUCCUCCGACUGAAUCCAAUGUAAGCAAGAAGGACCAGUACUGGGUGGUCACCAAGAACACCAACCGUGGUGGGGAUCGCAAGAUCAAUCCAUUCUUUUCUUCUCAAUAUGCUGAUCCCAACCCUGUCUAUCUCCAGUCCUACUCGGAUACAGCACCUAAGGGAUUAGAUAACCAAGGGUUUAGGAUUGUUACUUCUAGUCAGCUCAAACCAUCUGUGAUGUCACCAAGUCAAACUAAGGUCUUUCAUACAGCUCUAAGCUCUCAACAAAUUAUUCUCAGCCCUAAAAAGUUGGUCAUUCUGCCUCAAAGAGGACAAAAGGCCCCUAAAGUGGAAUCUUCAAGCCGUGAAAAGGCGUUUUCCUGCGACUUUGCCGGAUGUGAUAAACGCUACUUUAAGCUGUCUCAUCUGAAAGCUCAUUUCAGAAUUCAUACUGGAGAAAAACCGUUUAAUUGUCCAUUUUCUGGCUGUGAAAAAACUUUCUCGCGCAGCGACGAGCUUUCUCGUCACAAACGCACACAUACAGGAGAGAAGAAGUUUGUGUGCUCAAAGUGUGCUCGACCCUUUGUGCGCUCCGAUCAUCUUGUCAAGCACAUUAAAAGGCACGAAAUACGAGAAGCAAAAUUGGCGGGAAAGAGGAAUGUUCCAAUAGUUUCCAAAUUUAUGUAAACGUUUACUUCUAUGUACUUAUUCAUGCUCUACCCGGUACACAGUACACAGUACACAGUACACACACUGCCGUUGCAUUUUCUAUUGCCCUUUUGUAUUCAAUAAAUUAUGAUAAUAUUUA